ACGAGUGUGAAAUAAAUAAAGAAUAAAAAUCACAAUUGAAUCCAUUUCUCUUCUGUGAUGGUAAAAGUAUUAGUGCUCCAAUAAGGAAGCAAAAUGAAAAUAUUUGUGUUUUACCUUUGGCUACAGUUUUGUUGGGGUUGUUUUGCAAAAUUAGACACAGAAUGGUGGACACACACAAUAAUUUACGAAAUGAUUCCACACACUUUCAAAGACAGCGAUGGAGAUGGAAUUGGUGACUUCAAAGGAAUCACAUCGAAACUUGAUCACUUCGUCGACUUGGGGAUAGAAACAAUCCAUUUGACUCCAAUGUACGAAACGUCUGCGAGGGAUAUGGGAUAUGACAUAACAGACUAUUAUGAAGUUGAUCAUAGACUUGGUACCAUGAGUGAUUUGGAAGAACUCAUUAGAGAGAUGAAUAAAAAAAAUAUGAAAUUGGUACUAGAUUUGGUAAUCAAUCAUAGUGGCCAUAAACACGAAUGGUUUCAAAAAUCCAUCGAUCGAAUCGAUCCAUAUACUGAUUUUUAUAUGUGGAAGGAUUCCAAAGGCGUCGAUAAUGAAACAAAUCAGGAAAUACCGCCAAAUCAAUGGGUGAGUCUGUUUUUCCGUAAACCUGGUUCGGGUUGGACAUGGAAUGAAAAACGAAAACAAUUUUAUUUUCAUCAGUUCUUGAUAGAGCAACCUGACUUCGACCUGAGAAAUGAAGAUUUGAAGAAAGAGUUAUGGAAAAUGAUCGAAUUUUGGCUCGAUAAAGGUGUGGCUGGAUUCAGACUAGACGCUACUCCUUUUUUCUUCGAAGAUAAAGAAUUUAGAGACGAUGAUAUAUAUUUGCGACAAUUCAACCAACCAGAAACCAUCGAAUUUAUACACGAAUUUCGGACGUACUUGGAUAAAUAUAAUGAGAAACAUGACGGUUUUGAAAGAAUUUUUAUUGCGGAAGCACAUGCUCCAGAUGACGUUAUAGUACAAUACUAUGAUAGAGAGAAUUACACAGUAACACAUUUCCCCUACACAUUUUUGUUUGAAUACUUCCGUCGACCUUUGGAUGCAACAACAUUGCAAUUUUAUCUCCUAUUUUGGUCGUUUUAUCUACCUAAAGGAAAAAUAUCAGCUUGGAUGACUCAGGAUCACGAUGGUUGGAGGGUAGGAUCACGAAUUGUUCCAGAAUACGCCGAUAUUUUCACAAUAUUAUCGAUGAUGUUGCCCGGAACAGUAGGAGUUUAUUAUGGACAAGAGAUUGCCAUGAUGAACGGGUUCGCUACAGAGGACCAAUUUAAGGAUUUCUCUGGUCGUGGAGGCAGAGAUCCUGGCAGACUUUUGAUGCAAUGGGAUGAUUCUUUAAAUGCUGGAUUUUCAACAAACGUUACAACCUAUUCACCUGUGAAUUCUGAUUACUUUCAAAGAAAUGUUGCUGUACAAAAAGUACAACCAGUUAGCCACUACAAUUUGUUCAAAGAUUUAACUACGUUGAGAAAAACAAACACUUUCAGAUUUGGAGCAUAUAGGACUGAUGCAUAUCCUCCCAAUAUUUUCUGUUUGACAAGAUCAUACAAAGGCAAUGUCCUUGCAGUAGUGGUCAAUUUCGACAAAGAAUUUUCCAGAGUUAAUUUAACCCAAAUAUUGCACAAUGGUCCGCAUGAGAUUUCAGUUGUUGCAGCGUCUGUGAAUUCCGGAUACACAAAAGGGUAA